AAUCAUGUCGAAUCAUGGCUCAGUAUGUCCUGUUGCUAAAUUUCAUCUGAAUAUACCAUGAAGGGUCAACUCAGGUAUUACGACGAGGUCACGGGUUCGGUACAGAAUUGCUCAACUGUGUGCCCUGCUCUGCCCGGUGCGUGCCAACGAAAGUGUCCAGCUUAUAUACCCUCAGGCGACAACGCUUCAACAACACUCAUCGAAACAACCUUGAACACCACUACUGCAUUCGGGAGUGGACAAGAAGUACCCUCGCUUGUACAACUAACUGCUGUGCCGUACAUUUUAAGUGCAAUUGCAGCAAUUCUACUUUUCUUCAUAGCAAUUUAUUUUAAGGACAGAAUCAAACGUUCAAUUAACAGACUUGGUCAACGGUUAUGUCAACAACACUUGAAGUAUGGAAUUCAGGAAGAGAUAAAAAAACCGGAGUUGCAGGACCUUCUCGGCAUUCAUACACAACAAAACAGGCUGCCGUCUGAACCGACAGGAUCGCCCUAGAGAUAAGACAUUCGAUGUUUAGUAAAUGUUCAUUACAAUCAACCAUUGGCACCAUCAUGCAUUCCGUUUUGUUACCGUAGCGACGUUUUUCGUAUAAUUCAUCCUACCUGGUUAAACAAUAUGUGCUUUGUCUGUUUUCCCAUUAACUUUAUACAAGAUGUAUGCACAUAUAAAUGAUCGUAUAUGUAUAAUUUUAUACAAUUAUGUGUGUAACGUAUAUCUAAACACGACACCACCUUAUUUAAGAUAAAAUUGUUGGCGUUUUCUUUUGUUUAAUAUUCUUUUACUGACCAUUCGCAUCACUUUUGGUCAGCUUUCAAUUACACGGCGUCAAUAUUCUGUUUAAAGAUUAUUGUAUUGUGUAUUGGUGAAUUACAACUGUUUUGUCGUCAAAAAACAUCUGAUCAAAGUAUUCAGAUACUUAUUAACACUUGUUAACAUGGCACCCCACCGUAUGCCACGACAACUCUUUGUCAUUUCCUGCUAAUGUUAAACAAAGAACAACUAUGAUACAUGCGUUGACCUGUGUAGCCAAUAUAGGGUGAUACAAUUAAUUUGUCAAAAUGAGCAUGCGAGGAAGAUACUGUUCUGCAUCCUCAUAUUCGGAUGAUGCAUUUAUUGCUGUUCUCAUAGUUUUGUGCAAUUAUAGUUUUAAUAAAAACAUUAAGUGAA